GGGAGGCGGGUCGAGGUGCUGACUGUAAUGUGAUAGCUGCUCCGCUCUAACGUUAUUACAUACACAUGCUGGCUGCCUGCGCUCUCGCUGCUGGAACACGGAGCCUUCAAAACUCAAGCCAGAAUAGUCCGAUCAGAGCAGAGGGAAGGAGCUGUGUGCCUGGACUAGCGGAGAAAGAACGGAGUGUUACCGAUAGAUUAUAGAGCUCUGGGUAAUAACGGCAAUACGGACCGUUUUGUUUUGCAUUCUAUGAAAGAUCGUUUUUACCGACGAGCCUUGGACAGUUGGACUAUUUCGUUAAGAUUUGUGUGUUUUUUUUAGUUUUUUUGUGAUUUUUUUGUGAUUUUUUGGACAAGUAAAUGCGCUGCUGGGAGAAAGUCAAAGGAAAUACAAAACAAAUAUCUUCUCACUGGUUUGGAGGCACCAAAACACUCACUUCAGAUAUCUGCUAGAGAAAGCAUCAAUCCCGUGGACUAAAAACCGCUACGGACUACUGAAUGAAUUCAUACAGAUUUUUUAUUUUAUUUUCCAUAAUUUCUUUGUAAUAGAAUAUUAUCUGGAUGGAAUUGACGUUUUAUUUAUUUUUUUCUCUCGUUAUUCUGAACGCCGCAGUGGCCAGAAUGGUUUUGAAUCUUUUAAAUUAUUGAAUUGAAAUAACGGGGCAGAAAAUAUUAUUCAUUUAAAAAAAAAAAGAAGAAACAAAAGAAGUGUUAAACGGGUGAGAAUUGAUAUCGACUUUGUGUUGAACACCGAACCACAGACCAACGUCUUCCCGGUGGAGACGCGUGUUACCGUGACCGGAGAAAACAGUUUGCACGAGGAAGAAGACUUUCACGGCGAGUUCUUGUCUCCGGGAUUGGGAAGGGUGAAACUUCACCUCGGAAAAUGGAUAUAUUACCGUGGCUCUGUGGAUGUUUACUGGCCGUUUGUUUACCACAAAUAGUUAUCGGUGAAGAAGGUGAGGCGUGUGGCGGACAUUUUGACGCCAGCAACGCCGGGUACAUCACCACCCCGGGGUACCCUCUGGAGUACCCCCCUCAUCAGAGCUGUCGCUGGGUCGUCACCGCCCCAGAACCUUCCCAGCGUAUCGUCCUCAACUUCAACCCCCACUUUGAACUGGAGAAGCUAGACUGCAGAUAUGACUUCAUAGAGAUCCGCGAUGGAAACAGUGAGAAUGGAGACCUGUUGGGUAAACACUGCAGUAACAUCGCCCCUCCUGCCAUCAUCUCCUCCGGCCCCGUCCUCCACAUCAAGUUCGUCUCAGACUACGCUCACCAGGGGGCUGGUUUUUCACUGCGCUACGAGGUCUUCAAAACGGGUUCAGACUGCUCCCGUAACUUCACCAGUCAGAACGGGAUCAUUGAGUCUCCGGGGUUCCCUGAUAAAUACCCUCAUAACCUGGAGUGUUCCUUUAUAAUCAUCGUGCCCCCGGCCAUGGACGUGGCCCUGACCUUCCUGACCUUUGACCUGGAGAACGACCCCCUCCCCGGGGGAGAGGGAGACUGCAAGUACGACUGGUUGGAGGUCUGGGACGGUCUGCCACAGGUGGGGCCUCUGAUAGGACGUUACUGUGGAACUAAGAUCCCUCCUGAAAUCACGUCAUCGACAGGUAUCCUGUCUCUGUCCUUCCACACGGACAUGGCCGUGGCCAAAGAUGGCUUCUCUGCUCGCUACAACAUAACACACAAAAAAGUCAGCGACACCUUCCAUUGCAGUAAUGCGUUGGGUCUGGAGUCAGGGAAGAUCUCUGACGACCAGAUCACUGCCUCCUCUUCCUUCUAUGACAAUACCUGGUUGCCACGGCAGGCCCGCCUUAACAACGGCAACAACGCGUGGACGCCCAACGAGGACAGCAGCAAGGAGUACAUCCAGGUGGAUCUCCAUGUCCUGAAGGUGUUGACGGGUAUCUCUACCCAGGGAGCGGUGUCCAAGGAAACCCAGAAGUCCUACUACGUCACCACCUUUAAGCUGGAGGUCAGCACCAAUGGAGAGGACUGGAUGGUCUACCGAUACGGCAAGAACCACAAGAUUUUCAAUGCCAACACAGACUCUACUGAGGUGGUUCUGAACCGGAUCCCCCAGCCUGUUCUGGCCCGCUUCGUACGCAUCAGACCCCAGGCCUGGAAGACAGGCAUCGCCCUGCGCUUCGAACUCUACGGGUGCCAGAUCACUGACGCUCCAUGUUCUGAGAUGCAGGGGAUGUUGUCCGGCCUGCUGCCCGACUCCCAGAUCACAGCGUCGUCCCUGAGGGAUAUCCACGGCUCCAUGGGGACGGCCAGGCUGGUAGCCAGCAGGUCAGGAUGGUUCCCCAGCCCCACACAGCCUCUGGCCGGGGAGGAGUGGCUCCAGGUGGACUUGGGGGUCCCCAAGACAGUACGAGGCGUCAUCACUCAGGGGGCGAGGAGCGUGGAGGGGAGUACGUCGGCUGAGAACAGGGCCUUCGUCAGGAAGUACCGCGUGUCUCACAGCCUGACGGGCAAGGACUGGACUUUUAUACUGGACAGAAAGACCAACCAUCCUAAGAUCUUCGAGGGUUACUAUGCCAUGCAGGUAAAGACGAGCACAGGGUAUGACACACACCAGGUCCCUGUGGACACAGACCUUCAACCCGACAGGAAGUGGCUGGUGACUGGCAGUGACAGGCUGUCCACAUCACUCUGUGUCACAGAGCCAGCAGGGUCUGGGAAGGCCAGGACAAGGAGGGAUGCAGCCUGGCUGUGGGCUGGCCACGUCAACCUGUUCCUGGGAGGGCUGUCGUCCCCGAUGUAUCUCCACAAGUGUCUAAGGGACAAGGGGCUAGGGACUGGACCCCACAACCCUUUGUGUGGGGGGGAAAUGACUACUCUUCCUGACACUGCCACAACCCCACUGCCUAGACUAGAGGAGACCACCGCUGCCUCGAGAGGACCAGGCACUACUGUGUGGUCUCUGGGCGGUCUGUGUGACUUUGAGUCCAGUCUGUGUGGCUGGAUCCCAGACAGCAUGUCAGAGCUGAGCUGGUCUCUCCACAGCGGCAGCCUCUCGUCUGGUCUAACACCCAGUCUGGAUCUACCUCUCUCUCUGCCCAAAGACGACGUGGGUAACUUCCUCCACAUCGAGGCCAGCCCCAGGACAGAGAGGCAGCGAGCCCGUCUGGUGAGCCCCGCUGUGGGGCCUGAGAGAGGGCCGCUGUGCCUGCUCUUCAACUACCAGCUCCAGGGGCCCGAGAACCAGGGCCUGGGGUCCCUCAGGAUCCUCAUCAGAGACAACGACCGGGAGGAGACUCUGCUCUGGGCCCUCAGAGGAGACCAGGGGUCCGUGUGGAAGGAGGGUCGCACCAUCCUGCCCCAGUCACCCAAAGAGUACCAGGUGGUGAUUGAGGGCUUCUUUGAGCACAGCAACCGAGGACACAUCUGGAUCGACAACAUCCACAUGAGCUCCAGUACUGAGCUGGAACAGUGUACCCAACCCUUCGCCGCAUUCCCUCCUGACAUGACUGACCGGAGGCUUAUUGACUCUGGAAAUAAACCACUUUACAACGGCAGAGAACGAAUGAAUGGAGGUUUCCCGUUCCCAGAGUGGAGUACCCCCGGCCCGUCCAUGGACCCCCCUGUGACACAUGUCUCCGAGAAGGACAACUCGUGGCUGUACACCCUGGAUCCUAUCCUGGUCACCAUCAUCGUCAUGUCUUCCCUGGGCGUACUGCUGGGGGCGGUGUGUGGCGGCCUGCUGCUCUACUGCACCUGCUUCUACAGCGGCCUGUCGUCAAGGAGCUCCACCACAUUGGAGAACUACAACUUUGAGCUGUACGACGGGAUCAAACACAAGGUGAAGAUCAACCAGCAACGCUGCUGCUCCGAGGCCUAGGGCUGUUUAAGGCGCUGGGAGGUCUUGUGCUUCAAGCUCUAAGGCUUUCCCAACUCAAGGACCUUAACUGUGUGACGAACAGAGAGACACAAGCCAAACCCUUGUCCCCUCCUCUCGGGGGUCUCUUCUCUGCCUGCAGGAGAGAUCCUGAUCAAUCAAAGCUUGUGAAUGAACCACACUUACCUGCCAUGAUGCCACACGUACUGGCCACUGGAUCACAGCAGUCUGGGCCUGGACCAGAACCCCUACUGUCAGUCUGGGGUUGCACCCUAAACCCCUACUGCUGCAGACUGGGACUGGACCCAAAAACCCGUCUAGGACCGAACCUCUCAGAGCUGUCAUGUAGCCAGUGGACCAUUCAGUGGGUGCUGAACAAUAUCAAAACAUAUCAAUCUAAUGCCUAUCCCAAAAAAAAAGAUGAAAAGAAAAUGAAUCUAGAUUUGUAAAGAAGAAAAGAAGAAGUCAUUUUGUUGUUUGUUUUUUUGGUUAUGAUGGACGUUAGAAUAUGAGUGGAAUUAUUGCCAGGAAGGUUUUUUAGAAUGUGAUUCUAGCUUGUAAGACAGCUCUCGGCUUGCUCUCGCCUGCCUGCAUUAUGUGAUAACAGUGGCAUAGAGUAUCGUGGACAGUUUUUUAAGUUCAGUUGAAGAACAUGUGUCUUUAUUAUGAUCAGCUUCAGUUGUAUCGCUCUGUAGACCAAUCCCUCGUUCUCAUUUUUAGACUUCAGUGUGUCAAUAUUUUGUUUUGCCUUUCGCCUCAGUUCAGUUGAGUUCAGUUCAUCUGUUAUGGCGUGUGAUGUUUCUGUUUUUCCAGACUGUUACCAGCCUUUUAAAAGGAAGACGAAGAGAAAGAAUGAAAAGAAAACUUUAUCUAACAUGACAUGAGACGUAUUGUUCGUUAUGUUACUUAAAGUUGGAAGGAGUAUUUUGAUUGUCUCUUGCUUUUUUUGCCUGUGUGAUGAUCUAUAACACAUGGUGUGAUGCGCUGUGUGAAACAUUAUGAUUGUUUUCUUGCACCCUAUGGAUUGCUGAGAGAGAGAGAGAGACAGAGGGAGACAGAGAGAGAGAGGGGGAGAGAGAGAGAGAGAGAGAGAGAGAGAGAGAGAGAGAGAGAGAGAGAGAGAGAGAGAGAGAGAGAGAGAGAGAGAGAGAGACAGAAAGAAAGACAGAGCGAGAAAGAGAGAGAGAAAGAGAAUCCUCUCAUCUUUCCAGACUACUUUAACUCUAUCCCUAAAGAAGAAAGAUCUCAAAGAAAACAAAGAAAGGACUACAGGAGCUGGAUAAAAAGCCAAGCCACUUUCUUGGACACACAAUUGAGCCUUAAGCUAACUUUUAUUGGAAGAGAGCCAUGCGUAGGGAUGCUAGCGGCAGAUCGAUCUAUCCUGGAGUAGAGAGACAGAGAGCCAUGCCUAGAGACGCUAGCGACAGAUCAAUCUAUCCUGGAGUAGAGAGACAGAGAGCCAUGCCUAGAGACGCUAGCGACAGAUCAAUCUAUCCUGGAGUAGAGAGACAGAGAUCCAUGCGUAGGGACGCUAGCGACAGAUCAAUAUAUCCUGGAGUAGAGAGACAGAGAGCCAUGCGUAGGGACGCUAGCGGCAGAUCAAUCUAUCCUGGAGUAGAGAGACAGAGCCAUGCGUAGGGACGCUAGCGACAGAUCAAUCUAUCCUGGAGUAGAGAGACAGAGAUCCAUGCCUAGAGACGCUAGCGGCAGAUCAAUCUAUCCUGGAGUAGAGAGACAGAGAUCCAUGCGUAGGGACGCUAGCGACAGAUCAAUCUAUCCUGGAGUAGAGAGACAGAGAGCCAUGCCUAGAGACGCUAGCGGCAGAUCAAUCUAUCCUGGAGUAGAGAGACAGAGAGCCAUGCGUAGGGACGCUAGCGACAGAUCAAUCUAUCCUGGAGUAGAGAGACAGAGAUCCAUGCGUAGGGACGCUAGCGACAGAUCAAUCUAUCCUGGAGUAGAGAGACAGAGAUCCAUGCGUAGGGACGCUAGCGACAGAUCAAUCUAUCCUGGAGUAGAGAGACAGAGAGCCAUGCCUAGAGACGCUAGCGACAGAUCGAUCUAUCCUGGAGUAGAGAGACAGAGAUCCAUGCGUAGGGACGCUAGCGACAGAUCAAUCUAUCCUGGAGUAGAGAGACAGAGAUCCAUGCGUAGGGACGCUAGCGACAGAUCAAUCUAUCCUGGAGUAGAGAGACAGAGAUCCAUGCGUAGGGACGCUAGCGACAGAUCAAUCUAUCCUGGAGUAGAGAGACAGAGAUCCAUGCGUAGGGACGCUAGCGACAGAUCAAUCUAUCCUGGAGUAGAGAGACAGAGAUCCAUGCGUAAGGGACGCUAGCGACAGAUCAAUCUAUGCUGGAGUAGAGAGACAGAGAGCCAUGCGUAGAGACGCUAGUGACAGAUCAAUCUAUCCUGGAGUAGAGAGACAGAGAUCCAUGCGUAGGGACGCUAGCGACAGAUCAAUCUAUCCUGGAGUAGAGAGACAGAGAGCCAUGCCUAGAGACGCUAGCGGCAGAUCAAUCUAUCCUGGAGUAGAGAGACAGAGAGCCAUGCGUAGGGACGCUAGCGACAGAUCGAUCUAUCCUGGAGUAGAGAGACAGAGAGCCAUGCGUAGCGACGCUAGCGGCGGAUCAAUCUAUCCUGGAGUAGAGAGACAGAGAGCCAUGCCUAGAGACGCUAGCGGAAGAUCAAUCUAUCCUGGAGUAGAGAGACAGAGAGCCAUGCCUAGAGACGCUAGCGGCAGAUCAAUCUAUCCUGGAGUAGAGAGACAGAGCCAUACGUAGGGACGCUAGCGACAGAUAGAUCUACUCUGGAGUAGAGAGACAGAGAGCCAUGCGUAGAGACGCUAGCGGCAGAUCAAUCUAUCCUGGAGUAGAGAGACAGAGAGCCAUGCCUAGAGACGCUAGCGGCAGAUCAAUCUAUCCUGGAGUAGAGAGACAGAGAGCCAUGCCUAGAGACGCUAGCGGCAGAUCAAUCUAUCCUGGAGUAGAGAGACAGAGAUCCAUGCGUAGGGACGCUAGCGACAGAUCAAUCUAUCCUGGAGUAGAGAGACAGAGAGCCAUGCGUAGAGACGCUAGCGGCAGAUCAAUCUAUCCUAGAGUAGAGAGACAGAGAGCCAUGAGUAGGGACGCUAGCGACAGAUCAAUCUAUCCUGGAGUAGAGAGACAGAGAUCCAUGCCUAGAGACGCUAGCGACAGAUCAAUCUAUCCUGGAGUAGAGAGACAGAGAGCCAUGCCUAGAGACGCUAGCGGCAGAUCGAUCUAUCCUUGAGUAGAGAGACAGAGAGCCAUGCGUAGGGACGCUAGCGACAGAUCGAUCUGGCGAGAGACAGAAAACCACCACUGGGGGCCUUUGGGGACCUGACCGUAUGCUAGUUUCUACAUUCUGUUUUUUUUUUUAAAUAUUCACUCCACUUUUCUGUUCUCUUAUUUUAAUGUUACAUGAGAACGAGUGUUAACCAUAGCCAGAGACAUGUUUUUGUGUCAGGGUUGAGUUAAAAAAAUAAAUAAUCUGAAAUCUGGUUUGAGUUUUAGAAUCGGUUUGGCCUCAAGCAAAGAGAAAAGAGGAAAAAGAGAGAGAGGUCUCUUCCUCCAUAGUUCAGUCCAGGAAGACUGCACCUCAGUGGGCCAAGCGGACCGGGAGAUCGAGGUAGGAAUUGAGGGAGCGAGGGAAGGAGGGAGGUAGGAAGGGAGUAAAGGAGGGAGAGAGAGAGAAAGGGAGGGAAGGAAGGGGGAAGGGAAGAAAGGAGGGAAAGGAGGGAGGGAGGCUGAUUAGGAAGUGCUGAAAGGAGUGAGGGAGGAUGGGGCAGAGGAUGGCAGAGGGAUGGGUGAAGGGAUGGAGGAUGGGAGGAUGGGGCAGAGGACUGCAGAGGGCUGGGUGAAGGGAGGAUAGGGGCAGAGAACUGCAGAGGGCUGGGUGAAGGGAGGAUAGGGGCAGAGGACUGCAGAGGGCUGGGUGAAGGGAGGAUAGGGCCAGAGGACUGCAGAGGGCUGGGUGAAGGGAGGAUAGGGGCAGAGGACUGCAGAGGGCUGGGUGAAGGGGGGAUAGGGGCAGAGGACUGCAGAGGGCUGGGUGAAGGGAGGAUAGGGGCAGAGGACUGCAGAGGGCUGGGUGAAGGGAGGAUAGGGGCAGAGGACUGCAGAGGGCUGGGUGAAGGGAGGAUAGGGCCAGAGGACUGCAGAGGGCUGGGUGAAGGGAGGAUAGGGCCAGAGGACGACAGAGGGCUGGGUGAAGGGAGGAUAGGGGCAGAGGACUGCAGAGGGCUGGGUGAAGGGAGGAUAGGGGCAGAGGACUGCAGAGGGCUGGGUGAAGGGAGGAUAGAGCCAGAGGACGGCAGAGGGCUGGGUGAAGGGAGGAUAGGGCCAGAGGACGACAGAGGGCUGGGUGAAGGGAGGAUAGGGCCAGAGGACUGCAGAGGGCUGGGUGAAGGGAGGAUAGGGGCAGAGGACUGCAGAGGGCUGGGUGAAGGGAGGAUAGGGGCAGAGGACUGCAGAGGGCUGGGUGAAGGGAGGAUAGGGGCAGAGGACUGCAGAGGGCUGGGUGAAGGGAGGAUAGAGCCAGAGGACGGCAGAGGGCUGGGUGAAGGGAGGAUAGGGCCAGAGGACGACAGAGGGCUGGGUGAAGGGAGGAUAGGGCCAUAGGACUGCAGAGGGCUGGGUGAAGGGAGGAUAGGGCCAGAGGACGCCAGAGGGCUGGGUGAAGGGAGGAUAGGGGCAGAGGACUGCAGAGGGCUGGGUGAAGGGAGGAUAGGGCCAGAGGGCUGGGUGAAGGGAGGAUAGGGCCAGAGGGCUGGGUGAAGGGAGGAUAGGGCCAGAGGGCUGGGUGAAGGGAGGAUAGGGCCAGAGGACUGCAGAGGGCUGGGUGAAGGGAGGAUAGGGCCAGAGGACUGGGUGAAGGGAGGAUAGGGCCAGAGGACUGCAGAGGGCUGGGUGAAGGGAGGAUAGGGCCAGAGGACUGGGUGAAGGGAGGAUAGGGCCAGAGGACUGCAGAGGACUGGGUGAAGGGAGGAUAGGGCCAGAGGACUGCAGAGGGCUGGGUGAAGGGAGGAUAGGGCCAGAGGACUGGGUGAAGGGAGGAUAGGGCCAGAGGACUGCAGAGGACUGGGUGAAGGGAGGAUAGGGCCAGAGGACGGCAGAGGGCUGGAGGUGGUGGUACAUCCAGCUCCUUUUUCAUUGGACUCUGUUGACUCUUUUCCAAGUGCCUUGGAUCUCUCUUUCUAGGCCUGAUUGAACUUUUCUAGGGAGCUGAGACAUAAAUGAAUCCCAAAUGGAACCCUAUUCCCUAUAUAGUGCACUACUUUUGACCAGGGCCCUAUAGGGCUCUGUAAUGCACGGGUGGUCAAAAGUAGUGCACUAUAUAGGGAAUGGGGUGCAAUGUGGGAUAGGCCAUAGUAUUACCUCUUCUGUCUGGGAUGAGGGGGUGAGGCAGACAUCUCUCUCUCUAACGGAGAUCCUGUCACUGGUAACACUGUUGUUUGUAAGACUUUGUACAGAGAUGUCGUUUUUUUAUUGCUUAUUAUUAUUUAAUAAAGGAUGAAUAAUAUGGUUA